AUUCCCUCUUCCUCUCUUCACUGUCCUCAAACAACCUCUCGACGCAGCUGCCAUUACUUUUUUCAGCUAAGGCUUAAUUGUUGCUUAUUUGAUGUAAAAUAAGCAGCAGCUUGCAUUUGGAAGGAUGGUGAGGGUCAGCGUUUUGAAUGACGCACUCAAGAGCAUGUACAAUGCAGAGAAGAGGGGCAAACGACAGGUUAUGAUUAGGCCUUCCUCAAAAGUGAUUAUCAAGUUUCUUUUGGUCAUGCAGAAGCAUGGUUAUAUUGGAGAGUUUGAGUAUGUUGAUGAUCACAGAGCUGGUAAAAUUGUGGUUGAACUGAACGGAAGGCUGAACAAGUGCGGGGUGAUCAGUCCUCGUUUUGAUGUAGGAGUCAAGGAGAUUGAGGGUUGGACUGCUAGGUUACUUCCUUCAAGACAGUUUGGUUACAUUGUGCUCACCACAUCAGCUGGAAUCAUGGACCAUGAAGAAGCCAGAAGAAAGAAUGUUGGUGGAAAAGUACUUGGUUUCUUCUAUUGAGACAAAUUUAUCACAAUUUUCAUUUUUGAUAUCUCUUUUGUAGAACUUGGUAGUUAUCCUCUAUAAGUGUUGGUAGAAUUCUUAUUUUGUAUUUUGCCAAUUAUACUUUAUGUUUUGUUUAUGAUGUUUGAGAUUAUGAAUUGUUGGGUUUUCCAUCGAUAAUAGUUUACCUUUGUCAUCAAACAGGUGAAAGAGUUUUGCUAUUUGAAAUGUCAGCUAAUUAAUUUCU